AUGCACGGAACUCUGAUUGAUUCUCAUCAUCGACUAUCAUUAAGCAGUAAUGGACCAGGUGUAUUAUCAUCAUCUGAACAUACACUGACUGACGAUGAACAAAUAAAUAAAUUAUCCAAUAUAGAUCAUUUACUUGAUUCAUCAUCAACAAUACAUUUAAAUAAAGCUACUGGAUAUCUUGGUGAUGUCAUUGAAACUAAUGAUGAAAAACAAGCUGAAGCAACCGCAACACAUUCGGCCAAUUUUUUCCGUUGGACACCUGGUUAUAGACAUGUUAUGUUAACAUUUUGUACAAUAUGUCUUUUUGCUUUUAUGACCGGUGUUGAAUAUGCUGUCAUUCUUCCAACAGUAUAUGAUUAUGUUAGAAAAAUGACAAAUGCUAAUAUUUAUGUUGGUUUAAUUCUUUCAUCAUAUAGCAUAUCCGGUUCUUUCACUGGAAUAAUUAUGGGGAAAAUUUCUGAUAUGACUGGAAAAGUUAAAUUUCUUAUAAUGAUAUCCACUAUAUUUGAAAUAGGUGGAAAUAUACUUUAUUUUGUUGCUAAUAAUAUUCAUAUUGUUCUAUUGGGACGAUUAAUUGCUGGUGUUGGAAUGGGUGCUGUACCACCUAUUCUUGCCGAUGUUGCUCAUCGUACAACAGACAGGGAACGAACAAAAGCCAUUUCAAUUAUUCUUGGAUGUCGACAACUUGGUUCUGUUCAUGUUUAUAAUUUAAAUGGUCCUGGUUUUUUAAUGGCUACAGUUUGGUUAGUUUUGGUAAUAGUUUGUUGGUUUUGUUUCUAUGAUCGAACAUCAUCAACACAUUUAACAGAUGAUUCACAUAAGCAUCCAUAUACAAAUUCCGAUCAUCGCAUACGACAAGACGAACAAUGUGUAUCAUUAAAACGAUAUACAGAUCAAUAUAUACGUAUUGAAAUGUUUGUUUUAUUUCUUGCUACAUUUAUAACUUAUUUUAAUCAAACAGCAUUAGAAACAAUAGUAGCAGCAUUUACAGAAAAAAAUUUUUAUUGGACAACUGUACAUACAUCAAUUUUAUUUGCAUUUGCUGGUUUAGAAAUCCUUAUUGUUUAUAUAUCUCUUGUAAAAUUUUUUUCCAAACAUUUUGAAGAUCAAAUAUUACUUAUAUUUGGUUUUAUAUCAUUAAUAUUAGCUUGUAUACUUGGAACAUUUUUUACAAUCGCAUCAAAUUCAUUUGGUUGGUUUAGCCCUUCAAGUACAAAUGCUGUGAAUAAACCUUUACUUUCACUAUUUAUUGUUUUUGUUAUUCUUGAUUUACUUGCUUUACCAUUUAUAGCAGCUACUAGUGUAUCACUUUUUACGAAAUUAACAAUUAAAGAAUUACAAGGAUUUUCACAAGGUUUACAAAGAUUUAUUAUGGGAACUGGAACAAUUGUUGGUCCAUUAUUUGCUUCAUUACUUCUCAAUCGUCUUCAUAUAAUGAUGGCAACAAUGCUUACUCUAACAUCAUUAACUCUAAUAGCAAUAUUAAUUUUUGUCCAACGUUUACGUCCACCAUCACAAGAAAAUCUAUCAAAGGAAAUAAAGGAUGUGCAUAAUAAUAGCGAUCAUAAUCAGAGUUCAUCUGUUGAACAUGAUAACGAUGAACAACGAUCAGCAUUAUCAACAAAAAAUUGUUAUGUUACACUUGUUCCACAAGAUGAUGAUCGUUUACUUGAUAAUACGUGCAAGCGUAAUUCAUUGAUAAAAAACUUAUCUUAUGAUAAUAAAUCAAAUAUUGAUACACAACGUUAA